AUGAGGGCCUCACAGUUGACAUUCGUUAUUGCUUCCACGUUCUCUCUUGCAAAUGCUGCGGCUUAUUCCCCAGGCCUGCACAAGCGAGCCCUCCAAGCUCCCCCAACCACAUCAAAUGGAUACCAACUUCAGGGUUGCUAUGUCGAUGUUGGCCGAACUAUCAGCGAUGCCACUACCAACGGCAACACGAUGACGAAUGAGCUAUGCACGCAAUUCUGCUUCAGCAAGGGCUUCGCCUACGCCGGAACCGAGUACUAUGGCGAAUGUUACUGCGGCAAUGCUCUGGCCAAGAACGGCAUUCAGGCCGCCGACGCCGACUGCACUACCCCUUGCAAUGGAAACGCAACCCAGCCUUGCGGUGGUCCCAAUCGUCUCACGCUCUACCAUACCUCCCUCAUUGUUGGGCCUUCGGUCAACCCUGGCCCUGGUGAUUGGUCUUCCAUCGGAUGCUAUUCCGAGGGUACAGGGGGUCGUGCGCUCACGAAUGGUGUUGGCGUCACUGGCGCCAUGACUGUUGCCAAGUGCACUGCUGCUUGCCAGAACCUCGGUUUCAUCCUUGCAGGUGUUGAGUACGCCGGCGAGUGCUACUGCGGUAACAGCCCUGCAAAUGGCGGUGCUUCCGUUGUGGAUGGCUGCAACAUGGUUUGCAACGGUAACUCUUCUGAGUAUUGCGGUGGCCCCAACCGCUUGAACGUCUAUGACUACAAGCAUUCGUACCUGCCCUUGCCAUCUUCCACAUCGAGCGCAGCGCCGACUAGCUCUUCGACGUCUAGCUCGAGUUCGAUCGCUUUCUCCAGCAGCUCCACUAUUAGGUCCAGCUCCAGCUCUGUUUUCUCUUCCAGCAGCACCAUCAUUCCUACUAGCAGCAGCUCUGCUGUGUCCAGCACUUCGGCCAGUAGCAGUUUGACCGCCGCUGCGGUCAUCAGCAGCUCUAGUACUUCAAGUAGCGCCUUCGUUAGCCCAAGCAGCUCGGCCAGCAGCAGUUUGACUGCCGCUGCCGUCAGCAGCAGCUCUAGCUCCUCAUUUGUGAGCUCCCUCACCAGCGCGACCUCAGUGAUCAGCUCCUCGAGCAGCAGCAUCAGCUCUGCUACCCCUACACCCACCGGCCCUAGCCAGCCGGGGACCGUCGGCAACUGGAGCUACUACGGAUGCCAGACCGAGGCCUCCAACGCUCGCGCCCUCCCUUCGACCAACUUCGGCGACGAUGCCAUGACCAUUGAGAAAUGCGUAGCGUUCUGUGGUGGUGCUGGCUACACUUUUGCAGGCUUGGAGUGGUCCCGUGAGUGCUGGUGUGGAAAUACCUUCUCCGCUGGUUCCGCAAUCGCCCCUUCGAGCGAUUGCUCCAUGACCUGCUCCGGCAACAAGUUCCAGUACUGUGGUAAUGGCAACCGCCUUUCCGUGUACACCAUCGGCACCGCCAAGCAGUCUGUCUCUUCCUCGUCGACUGUCGGGUCUUCGACUUCGUCCGCUAGUGGAUCGGCGACCGCCGCAACAUCAUCUACGGCGUCUCCCUCAUCUACCGGCUUCCCUGCAGGGUGGACGAGCCAGGGCUGCUGGGUGGAUAAUGCCAAUGGCCGUAUCCUUCCUGUCCAAGCUCCCGAUGACCCAAAAAUGACUGUCCAGUCCUGCGUCAACUACUGCGCCGCCAACGGCUACACGGUUUCUGGCUCCGAGUAUCACACUCAAUGCUUCUGCGGUAACGCCAUCUAUGGUGGCGGUGUUGUUGCCUCUGACCAGACCAGUUGCAACACUCCCUGUGGUGGCAACUCUGCCCAGAUGUGCGGAGGCGGCAACCGCAUGACAAUUUACUCAAAGGGCACUCCUCAGACGUACGCACCUCCGGCUCCUCAGCGCAGUGGACUUAACGGUUCUUGGACCUACGAAGGGUGCGUCACGGACAACGUCAACAACAAGCGUACCUUUGCCACGCAGACCAUCUUUGCUGGCACCAUGACAGCUGGUAUGUGCUUGGACGCAUGCGCUAAAUUCGGCUACAUGGCAGCUGGUCUUGAAUACGGCGAGGAGUGCUACUGCGGUGAUCCUGCCAACAUUGUCACAGCCGGUGCCACCUUCGUCGAUGAAUCUCGUUGCAGUAUCAGCUGCGCCGGCAACGCUACUGGCAUUUGCGGUGGUCUCGCUGUCAUGUCGACGUACUUCUGGACCGGCCCGGCUCUGUACAACUGGACCUAUGCCACAGGCAAUGAUGCUGGAAGCUACGAUCUGUUCAUCGGCGGCAAGUGCAUUCCUUUGAUGACCAUGGAGACUAUCAAAGGCAAGGUCACCUUCCUUGAGAAGUGGGGAACUGGUCCGCCAAACUCGACUGGCGCAUACGAGUUGGACCCCGUUCUGGCUCCCGAUCUGAACAAGGCCUGGAGAGAAAUGCACGUCAAGACGGAUAUCUUCUGCUCUGCCGGGCUCACGCUCCCUGACAAGAACGGUCGCCAGAUGAAUAUUGGAGGUUGGUCCGGUGAUUCUACCUAUGGUGUUCGUCUCUACAACCCCAGUGGAUCUCCCGGCGUGAACGGUACCACGGACUGGCAGGAGGACCCCUCUCUCAAGCUUCAGCAAGGUCGCUGGUACCCGUCCGCUCUCGUCAUGGCCAACGGCUCCAUCAUGGUUAUUGGUGGCGAGGAAGGAUCCAACGGCGCAGCUGUUCCUACGAUUGAGGUCUUGCCCUACACGGGCACUGCUCCUCUCUACAUGGACUGGCUUCAGAAGAGCGACCCCAACAACUUGUACCCAUUCGUCGCCGUUCUGCCCAGCCAGGACAUCUUUGUCGCCUACUGGAACGAGGCCAGAAUCUUGGACAGAAACACCUUCGCCACCAAGACUCUGUUGCCCAAGAUUCCAGGCUCGGUCAACAAUCCUCUGGGAGGACGUUCCUAUCCUCUUGAGGGCACGGCUGUCCUCCUGCCUCAGAAGGCCCCUUACACUGAUCCGCUCGGCAUCCUCAUCUGCGGUGGCUCUGGAGCUGGCGCCAAUAUUGUCCUGGACAACUGUGUCACCAUCCAGCCCGAGGCCACCAACCCAACCUGGACAAUUGAGCGCAUGCCCACCCGCCGUGUCAUGUCUUGCAUCGCGCCUCUUCCUGACGGCACUUACCUGAUUAACAACGGUGCCAUGCAAGGUGUCGCCGGCUUCGGCCUGGCUGCUUUCCCCAACCACAUGGCCCUCCUAUACGACCCCGAGAAGCCUGUCGGCUCGCGCAUCACGGUCAUGGCGAACACCACCAUCUCCCGUCUCUACCACUCCGAGUCCAUCACCCUGCUCGACGGCAGUGUCCUGGUCAGUGGCUCCGAUCCCGAAGAUGGCGUCAACCCCCAGGAGUACCGCGUCGAGAAGUUCAGCCCUCCGUACCUCCUCAGCGGCAAGCCGCGCCCGACAUUCAAUGUCACCAACACCGACUGGGCGUACGGUCAAACUGUCACUUUCUCCCUUGGAAGCAAGCCCAACGGCGUGAUCAAGGUCUCCCUUCUCGGUGCCGUGUCCUCGACCCACGGUAACUCUAUGGGCGCCCGCACAAUCUUCCCUGCCGUCUCGUGCGGCGCCUUGAGCUGCACUGUCACCGCGCCGCCCAACGCCGGUGUCGCGCCUCCGGGUUGGUACCAGUUCUUCGUCAUCGACAACGGCAUGCCAGGCAUCGGUAUCUACGUCCGCAUCGGCGGUGACCCCGCCGGUCUGGGCAACUGGCCCCAAGGCUCCAUGUUCACCCGCCCCGGCGUGUAA